AUGGGUGCCUUGGUGCCGGGUUUGCAGAUCAGCGUCGCUGCCGCGCCGUCGUUCAGGGUGCGUCAAAGAUCUCGUCAAGGGACGGUGUUCCAAGCGGACUGGCGGUACGAAUGGCGAUCAGUCGGCGAAACGGACGAGACUGAGUCCACGUGUGUUGCAAGAAUUCGUCCGUCCCGGAGUCCUUGGCUGCUUUCGUUCUCGACGUUGCCGUCCGAGUCAUUCCCGCUAGGCAUAUUCAGCGCUCAAAACCACCGCGAAGAGCGAAACGCAGACUUACCCCCUCUCGAAGUCUCCUUUAUCCUCGUGGACAUUAUAAGCCUUCGUUACGGUCCGCAUCUUCGCCCGAGGCACUGCACCAGUUCCCCGGUCGUCCAUACUAAAGACAACGAUAGAAUAGUGGACACGCAUCUCGUCGGCAACUGA